AUGACAGCGACGAUGGCGCCCCCCGAGUCCCCAGCGACAGCGACGGCCACCCCUCUAGCAGCCGCCAAGGCGGCGGCCGCGGCAGCGGCAACGAGCACAUCCACCACGGCGGCGGACACGCCGAGCGCCGCGCCCCCCGGCGCAGGCCAUCUACACCUCUCGCAUGCGCCGCGGGCGCACUUCAGCACCCAGCGCGCAGCGUACCCGCUCAAGCUGCUCACGCCGAACUCGCUCCCGUCCCAGCCGCAGAACGUGCGACUCGCCUACUCGCUCGCGUACGGCGGCGGCCUGGUCGCCGGCGACUUGGUGCAGCUGGACGUCAAGGUCGACGACGGCUGCGGCCUCGUGCUGCUCACGCAGGGCUCGACAAAGGUGUUCAAGCACCGCCCGGGCAUGCGGCCCAAGUCGCACCAGAUCUCGCGGAUCGUCAGCGCCGGCGACGGGCCAGCGCCGACGACCCGCCAGCGCCUGCACAUCGCGCUCGAGCCCGGCGCGUUCUUGCUCCUCAUGCCCGACUCGCUCAGCCCGUUCCGCGCCUCCUCGUACGCGCAGGCACAGCGCGUGACGCUCCCCGCUGAUGGGAGCGCGAGCGCCCUCGUGCUGGACUGGGUCAACUCGGGCCGCGGGGCGCGCGCGCCGGCCCCAAUGCACUCUGGCCCUCCUGGCGGCGUGCGCGACCUCCAGAAGAAGGCGGCAGCGGCGGCGGCCAACGGCGCGGCGGCGGAGGGCGCAGAGGCGCCGGCAGGUGUCCCUGACGACGAGGUCUGGGCCAUGGCGUACUACUCCAGCACGAACGAGAUCGUCGUCGGCGACGAGGUCAUCGCCCGGGAGCGCAUGGUGCUCGACAACAGGGCGCAUGACACGGGGGAUGUCGGCUCUGGGCUCAGCCCUGCAGCGGUCCGCCUCGCGCCGUACCACGUCUACGCGACGGUCCUGCUCGAGGGCCCCCACUUCGCCCAGCUCAGAGCACACAUGGACAAGGUCGUGGACGGCACGUCCCAGUUCCAGCUCCCCCGCCCCCCGGGUCUCCUGUGGUCGUACUCGUCUCUGUCGGACACUGGCGGCAUCAUCCGUGUCGCCGGCCUCGAGGUCGAGGACGUGCGUGACUGGCUCCGCGCCGCGCUCACUGCUGGCGGCGUGAACGAGCUCGUCGGCCAAGGACUGUGGCCCCGGUGCAUCUAG